UGGCAGAGGAAAGGCAUAAUCGUCAUUGAUGAGUCGUCUCCUCGAACCCAAACCCAAAUCCACAAUCCACCCUUCUGUUGCUGACGACAUGGCCGCCCACGGCAAGCCCAGCCCCAAGCCGCCGGGCGCUCCCGCUCCGCCGCCGCCACCGCCACCGCCGUCGGUGGCGGAGGCGAAGAAGGGGUUCAUGCGCCGGAUGUUCCCCUUCCUCCUCGCCGUCAACCUCUUCGUCGGCGCCUACGUGGUCGUCAGGACCUACUACAAGGACUCGCCGUCGAGCAAAGGCGCCGCCGAGGCCGAUCCUGCUUCGACCGCCGACAAGCCCGCUCCUGAACCUGCUGCUGCCGUGCCCGCCAAGGCGUUCCCCCCGAUCCCGGAAGAGGAGCAGCGCAGGGUGUACAUGUGGAUGCUGGAGGAGAAGCGCAAGGUGCGGCCGCGCGACAAGGCGGAGAAGAGGAGGCUCGACGACGAGAAGGCGCUGCUCAAGGAGAUCAUCAGAGCAGAGUCGCUUCCAAAACUGUGAAUUGUUGCUCGCUGUCUGAUGUGUGUUCUCGUGUGAAUGGUUUGGGCCUGGUUGGAAGUUGGAUCAGCUAGUUGUGUGUGUGUGUGCGUGUGUGGUAUCGUCCAAGUCGGCGUGUCUGGAUUUGGCCUCGAUUUCUCAAGAUCAACCUUGCAUUGUUUUCUGUGGAUGUAAACUACAAGUGUUGCUUAUGUUGGUUUUAUAAUCACGGCAAUGGGGUUUCUUAAGAGAUUA